AUGGGUCUACUGGAGAAGGAGAGGGCGAAAGCUGAAGCUGGGUCUGUCAGAUCCGCAGGAGUCGACCUAGUUCUCAAUGCUCAAGCUGGGUACGUUAACACUGAGAAUGACUCAGGAGAUGGCGGUGGCGGGUCUGGGGGAAAAGAGGUAUGCGCUGGGGAAGUGCGACGUGGAACGAUUCCACAAUCUGGUGAUGCGUACGUCGGGACAAACACUCAGAAGUCCAAGGCACACGUGGUCGUCGGGGUGGCAGAGAAUAAUAUCGGGAGAAUAGUGGACUCAAGUUGCAAGGUGUCGCAAGGGGACGAAGUGCUUGUGUGCAACGAUUACAAGAGGGCAUACACGACGCAUCUCGCAUGGCUAAUCGGUGACGGGAACGUGGUGGACUCAGACAUCAUGUUGGAGUUCGAAGAGGAGUUGAGGAGCCAAGUCUUGCGGGCCUACAUCCGCUCCUGCAUUGGCAGGUUGAAGUUGAGGCUGGACGUGGACAGACCGUUGUGGUUCGGGAAGUACCUGAAGGAGGAGAUUGACGUCGUGCCUUCUACCGAGAUCCAAACACACCUCAAGUGGGAGGGGACAUGGGAGAUGCCAGACAUAUCACCGUACGGAUCGCACUGGAAGCACCUUCGAUUUGGGGCAGACAAUAUCUGGGAGUCGACGGCCGAGCCCAACUCGGAACAUAAGCGCAACAUGUUAAUGAGGCUAACCUUCGUCCCAUGA